AUGGCACAUGUGGUCAAAUUCCUGUCUGGUAUCAGGACCUUCGUUUUGGAGCAGAAUGGGGACGAACUUCGCAGCUGGCUCGUGGUAGAACCUGACGUCGCCAGUAUAUACUUUGAAAUGAGCAACGAGCUCAAAAGCAGCUUCCCCGCAAACUCGUCAGCUCUCGAAAACCUGAUCGACAAAAGUCUUCCGCAAGAGGACAAUGUGCCAGAGGGGAAGGGAUCCCCAUGGCCCAGCUUCAACUCGUUCAUCAAGGAGUACCUGGAGUACUGGCGCGACGUUGACUUUGCUGAUAUUGUCCGGUUACAUUCCCGGCUCAGCGACCUCCUCAACUCUUGCGCAAAUGCUCUCGCCAAUCCCACAUAUGGCAGCAUGCUGUUACAGACCAGCAUGUCACUCUCAGAAUCGCUGUCCAAGUUGGUUAUGAGCCUCACUAGGCAGAAGGAUCUUCUUGCGCAAAUCCAAGGCGGUAUGGCCGAGGGAGAGUCGGGCGAGAGGAAGUCUGUUGUCGAACUAGCAGCCGACAUCAUCCAAAAGAUCUUCACUUCUUGUCUCACAGACCGCUCCAGCACGAGGUGGUUUCACUUCGACCACGAUCACUACAUGCGCGCCGAAAAGUGCUUGGCCGAGGCCUACCGCGAAUGCCUACCGCAAUUUCAAAAGCAUCGCCGACAAAUACUCACGUACUGGAUUCCCACCAACCUCCUACUCGGCCGCUUCCCCUCUCAGGCCCUUCUCCAACGCCCUGAAGCGGCGGGGUUUGCCGAUAUCUUUCUUCCCAUCUGCGCCGCCAUCCGCUCGGGGAACUUUGUAGCUUUCUACAAAGCUCUCGAUCUAAACCUGGACUGGCUCUGGGACAAAGUCUUCUACCUCAAAUUCCUCUACCGCCUGAAACCCCUCGUCUGGCGGUCCUUUACCCGAAGAGUGUUCCUAAUCACCUGGCAAGGCACGGCAGGCGAAGGGGGCAACCGCGCGGCCUCCCUGUCAUUCGAAGACCUGGCUACCGCCGCAGGAUACGUGCAGAAGCUUUUGGAGGGAUACGUGCCCGCACAACCAGCGGCACGGCCCCGGCCGUCUGGUGUGAACAAUCUCCUCGUUAAAGCCGUCACUAACAGCGCCGCAAGCGAGGCAGACGCGGACUCGCUGCUAAUGCCACCACCGGGCGGCCCUCGCCGUUUGAUGCCAUCCGAGGGGCUGAUCUUUGGCAACCAGAGGCCGACCCCCGAGAAGCUAGAGUCGGUUAUCGCGGGGCUUGUGUAUUCGAACUUGCUGAACGGGUUUAUCGCCCGCCAGCAGAAGCGGUUUGCCGUCGAGGGGGCCAAGAAAAAGGGCGGCAACGCUGUCGCGGCGGGGUGGCCCGUUCCUUACGAGAGCAUCCUGGAACGGGCUCAAGAGGCUCACCAAGAGGCGUUGGACGCGUGCGAUGCUGGGGAGAGCACAGACCCACCUGGCGAGAUAGACGAUGUCCCCGGCUGGGUGCGUAUUCCGAGCUAA